AUGAGCCCCAUGGCCUACAGCCAGUCCAACCUUGGCAGGACGCGGGACGCCAAGACCUUCAAGCGGAGCUACCCCCACGCCAAGCCGCCCUACUCCUACAUCUCCCUCAUCACCAUGGCCAUCCAGCAAUCGCCCAACAAGAUGCUGACGCUGAGCGAGAUCUACCAGUGGAUCAUGGACCUUUUCCCCUAUUACCGGCAGAACCAGCAGCGCUGGCAGAACAGCAUUCGCCACUCGCUCUCUUUCAACGACUGCUUCGUCAAGGUGGCCCGCUCCCCCGACAAGCCCGGCAAGGGCUCCUACUGGACCCUGCAUCCUGACUCCGGCAACAUGUUUGAAAACGGCUGCUACCUCCGCCGGCCAAAGCGCUUCAAGUGCGAGAAGCCGGCGGACCACCCCUCGGCCUCGCCCGCCUCCUCCACCAUCAGCUCCGUCCCCACCUUGGCCUCCGUCCCGCACCCCCCUCACUCCUUAGCCCACGAACCCCAGCUCCACCUCAAGGGUGAUCCCCACUACUCCUUCAACCACCCCUUCUCCAUCAACAACCUCAUGUCCUCCUCGGAGCAGCAGCACAAGCUGGACUUCAAAGCCUACGAGCAGGCGCUGCAAUAUUCCUCCUACGGGG